CUCUUGCAUCCUCCAUCACCAUCACCGCACCGCCGCGUCACGCGCUCACGCAACCAUCCUAUUUUUUCGCCUUACAUUGCUGCCUCUACCGCUGGAUCGCAAACGCCUGCUCUCGUCGCUAGCACCACACACAUUCUGGCUUCGUCAGCGCCCACCCGCAAGUCCAACCUGUUCGCCUGGCUUGCUCCGAACCGUCUUUCAUCGCGACGCGAGCACACCUCCAUCUCGACCGCCACGCACUUUCACGGCAGAGCGCCAUAGCCGACAUCCAUGACUCCCUCAUCGUUACCUAGGGUCUGAAGUUGGCGCAAUGGUGGGACGACGGCGUCGUGCCUCCACGUCAAGCGUAGAGAGCGUCGACGAGAGCCAGAUCCGUUGGCGACAAGAGGUCUCGGUCGUGCGCUCCGUCCCCAAGGACCAGUCGCCCGACGAUUGGCCCAUAUUCGAGCUGAGAGAUGCCGUCGUCCUGAACAAGGAUGGCCAGUCGCUCGAGAAUGCGCUGCACGUGGGCAUCAGAGGGCCCUUUCUCGUCCGCGGCAACCUCAUCAUCGACGAUGUGUCGCAAAGGAGCCACCUGAUCAUGAGAGUCCGGAGCUCAACUCCCAUCGAGAUCCGCCAAUGUAUCACUUACUCCAUCGGCGAGUCCCCCGACGGCCAGCCCAUCAUAUGGGUUUCUGGAAAGGGCGGUUGGUACGAGAUCAACCCAGCGCCCAGAUAUCGCGAAUUACACCGAAAGAUGUGCGAGGCGACAACCCUCUACUACACCCUCCAGGACAUAUACAGCGAGCAGCCGCCUAGGAAGGCAAAGAAGACAAAGCCGCUCGACUUGAUGGACGAGCUCUCGGGAGUCUUCUUCAAAUAUGCCCUGAGCGUCGGCGACGGCAGUACCGUGGAAGAGGUCAUGAAGCGUUGUCAUGAGCACGCUGGCUUCUUCAUUAGCAAAUUCCAGCAAGAUCCCUUUGGCUGGUCCGCCACAGCCUUCUGUCGUUGGCUUACAGCAGAGCAUGCAGUGAGUUUGAUGGAAUUAUGCGCACUCUGCGUAACUAACGAGUCGCAGGAUCUUGUGAAGACGAUCAAGGACGUACUUGACAACCCCCGCAAGCUGUCGCCGGUACCCUCAACCACGGCCCUCAGCCCAAUACCGCAACAAAGUCUCACACCCUUCACCCCAAAAGUGAGCGCCGACAGCCCGUCGCAAAACCUGCCCAAGAGAUCCAGCUCCAUCGUGGUCCCUGUCAACAAGACCGUCGCUCAGCCUACUACGAUCCGGGCCUCGAGAGCCGAUGCAAACGUGAUCCAGGACCCUGAUGCAUCGACAGCGUCACAGCCAGUGGUAUUGCCGGCCGCAACUCCUGCCCAGCCCUCUACUGGCGCAACUGAUGGCGACGAUACACCCUUGGCCUCGGUGCUGAGGGCACUGGACAUCAUCUAUGACGAGCAAGUCGGCAAAAAAAGGGGUCUUCUUGCCAAUGCGGUUAUCAGCAAGCUCUACUUUGCAUACAAGUUUCCCACUUACAAGGACGGUACUUCGGGGUGCUACAAGGUGCCUGUAAAGGAAGUCUUGCACUACCACGCGUCCGAUCUUCUACGGACUUUAGACGCAAGCAAGUGGCAAUCGCAUGAAUUCUGGUCGUUCCUUCAAGAGCUGUCGCGAACAGAAUUUCAAACAGCCGCCUACAAGAUGUCCGAUUUCCCGGUCGGCAUGGUGCCGCGGAAGCAGAUGUCUCGGGUGGUGAAACAAGACCAUACGCACCCGCAGACGCAUCACGCGUCCGGCAGCCGAGCCGACGACGAUGACGCUUCCGACAGCACGCCCGCACCCCACGGCAAAGGCCUCAAGGGUCGCCCCAAGAGCAGUCUGCGGCCCAUUUCCACCAAGAAGCGGCCCCGCUCUCAGUUCGAGACCGAUUCCGAAUCGGAAGAGGCGGGAGCCAAGAAGUCGCACUUCUUCUCUGAUGAAGACGAUGCCAUGGACGGCGUCCUCUCCGCCGGUGUCGUGGCGAAUGGAGCCCCGCAGACAUCGAGCCCAGAGCCCAUACCCCUCGUUAUACGAGCCGAAAAGAUUCCCUCUACAGUGCCCCAUGGCCCUGAGGGUACGUGGCUUUGCGACCAAGACGGCUGCGAUUAUAUUGUCCGCGGCGGAGACGACUGCCAGACACGCAUCCGGGACCACUUCCGAGACCACGAGCAGCAGCUGGAGAGGGUCAGCCUCGCCGUGACAGAGAGCCGAGGCGGCCACAUGCCUAUAAAUCACCUGCUCGAGAAGAUCAAGCGCCUGGGCGACCGGAGCCAGCAGCACCAGGCCGAUGCUACCGGGCUGGCGGUUCCCCAACCAAUCAAACGGAAACUGAUAGUGUGACUGUGACGGGUGACGACUGACUUUGCUUCGUUCUCUGGGUUGGCCCUCUUUAAAAUCUCACUUCCGGCGCAUCAAUGGGGCCGCUUGAGAUCGGGAUACGAGAGUCCCAGUUCUGUCUGUUUGUCUGUCGGGGCUUGGAGAUUACCUCUCUUUUUGGAGCUGGGAAACGGAGUUUUUUGCCAUCAAUAACGGCGGCGGCGGCGGCGGCGGCGUUUCUUCAGAGUCGUCUUUGCGCGUGUUGUGUGGUGUGCGCAUGCGUUUGGCCGGUGUUGGGCAGCACCGACCGGCCUUGGACUUUUUGUUUUUCCCAUUUUGGCUUUUCUUGAGGGAUGGAUGGAUGAUACCGGGCGUCUGGAUGGCUGGCUGGCUUUCGCGGUAGCGUUCACGGGCCGUGGCGGAAUGAAUCAUCAAGUGGCGUGCAUGCGAGGACUACAGGCCCAAGGUAUAUACGAGGCCAUCGUCUCGCCGGAAAUAAGGACCGUCAGCAGCGAUGUUUCGUUGCCGAAACAAAGAGCCAUGACUGGGCUGGUGCGGAGUAGACUCUCAUGAGCCCGACAGACGUGACG